AUGGACAAUUAUGAUUUAAUAUAUAAAAGUUCAUUUGAUAAGGACACUUAUUCUUUAACAAAUGAAAGUUCACUCAAUAAGAGUGCUUAUAAUCUAACAAAUGAAAGUUUGGACAUUGAAAAUGAAACUAUUAGAGAACCAGAAGAUAUUACUAAAAACAAUUCAACAAGUACAAAAUAUCAAGAAACAUUAGAGCAUUAUGCAAAGCAAAAUAACUUUGUCUUAAAUAAGAAACAGAUAGACAAUAGUCAUAAUCCAUGUCAACAAACAUGGGAUUGUGAACGUUUUGAAAAAUAUAUUUCACAUAAGACUGCUCCUCCUGAAAAGCAAAGAAAUAAAGGAUCAAAGAAAAUUAAUUGCCCUUUCCUUAUUAAUGCGUCUAAAAGUAAGAAAUCUGAUAAUGAAAUAAUAAUUAAAUUGAUGUCUAUGCAUUUUGAACAUAACCAUCCUUUGGUUUCUGAAAAUGCUAUUUUUGCUAUUCAAUACCAGAAGCUUACUGUAGAAAUGAAAAAUCUUAUUGAAAGUUAUAUGCUUUGUGAUCUUGAUGUCCUCUCUCAGAUUAGAUUGCUUUAUGGGUUGUUUCCCGAAGCAACUAUAGUAGAUUAUGAUGUAAAAAAUUAUGUAUAUAAGUUUUGCCGAAUUCAUAAAAUGCAGAGUGAUGAUGUUGCAAAACUGCUUCAACAUCUUGAAAAAGAGCAUGCUAAGGAUCCUGAUUGGUAUGUUCAACCAUUAAUUGACUCAGAAACAAAUAGAUUACAAGGUGUAUUCUAUAUGUUACCUGAACAAAGAGAACUUUGGUGA